AGUUUCAUCUUACUGCUUUAUCGAUCAAAUGUUUGCUGCGACAGUCAUUGAACUGUACCAGAGAGACCUUUUCAUUCAGACGUUUAGAGUUUUUUGUCAAGUCCCACAGUAAAAUACUACACCAACUUUACGCUACAAUUGAUUAGAUGCAGCUGUGUCCUGGAUAUUUACCCCUUUUUCUUACGUGAAGGUGUCCAUCGUGGUUGUUCACAUUUCCAUGCCUUGGUUCAUUGUUUGUCCACUUAUUUUCUGCAGCUUUGGACCCUUCGAUGCUCUACUUUCCGUUCUCUUCUUUUUUUAUGAACAUCAUUUUCUUCUUGUGAUAUUCCCUCUAACUCUCAUCAUGCAGUUUUCUUUCCUCUUGUCUUAUUUUAGUAUGUUCUAUCGACUUGCUACUUCUUUUUGCAAAUGCUUCCUCUUCUAUUCCAAAUUCAACGCACUUUCCUUAUACAUGGCGCCAGUGUCUUCCUCUUCCACUCAAGCUUCUGUCUGUCGACUCUUCUACACUACUGUUGAUCAAGCUAUGCUAGCGAGUAGCCGUAGUCAACGCCAAGGUUGGUCUUGGCCUUAACCUUUUCAAAAGACAAAGAGAACUCUCUUUUUCUCCGUGUCUCUCAUCGGAUCUAACCUAUUGCUCAAGCAUGCAAUUGGCACAAGCUGUAGGUCAAACAAGACAGCUAUCAUUUGUAUAAAGACGGCUC